UUUCUCGAAGUCCUGUCUAGAGCUCAACAGAUGUAAGCAGCCCUGUCUUCUCUAACCUCUCAGCUCAAAUAUGGGACACUUCAAGGCACGAGUAUUGAUCGUCUCCUGCUUAUUGUUUAUGUGUUAUGAAGCAGAAAAAUUAAAAACCAGAGGUCUGCGCCAGAAGGAUGUUGACUACAUGGAGAAAUAUUCCAGCUGCCACCAGGGUCCAGCAGGCACUACGGGAAGGGACGGAAAUCCAGGAGUGAACGGAAUUCCAGGUAUUCCCGGUCUACCGGGCCGGGAUGGUGCAAAAGGAGAGAAGGGUGAGUGUGUGACGGAGAGGUUUGAAGAGCCGUGGAAACCCAACUUCAAGCAGUGUGCUUGGAACUCUCUCAACUAUGGCAUUGACCUGGGCAAAAUUACAGAGUGUACGUUCACUAAGCAGCAUGCAGACAGUGCUCUCCGUGUGCUGUUCAGUGGCUCACUCAGGCUGAAGUGUAAGACAGCUUGUUGCCAGCGCUGGUACUUCACUUUUAAUGGGGCAGAAUGUGCCGCUCCGCUGCCUAUAGAGUCCAUCAUUUACCUGGACCAAGGAAGUCCAGAAUUCAACUCCACCAUCAACAUACACAGAACCACGUCAGUUGAAGGUUUAUGUGAAGGAUUGCGGAAAGGCCUGGUGGACGUUGCGCUCUGGGUGGGAACCUGCGGAGACUAUCCACACGGAGACGCUUCCACCGGCUGGAAUUCUGUUUCCCGCGUGAUCAUAGAAGAGCUUCCUCUGAGCAGCUGAGUCCAGAAACUUUCAAAGCACGUACGGUCCUAUAACAUUUUGAAUUGCUUUGUACUACACUCUUCUAAAGGUUCUUUAUUGGCUUUGCCGGUUCCAUGUAGAACUUUUAAAUUCAUGGAACCUUUUAAUUCCACAAAAUGUUCUUUAAAGUUCCAAAAAGGUGGUUUUUCACAGUGAUGCCAUAGAAGAACCAUCUUUGGUUCCUUCAAAAAGAUUUUGUUUUUUCAGUGGUCAGUUCUCAAAAGAAUCAUUUUUUCUUAGUGUGCUGAACAUUUGAAUCAUCUAAAGCAGGGGUCCUCAAAUGGCGGUCUGGUUCAGAAUGUCAAUGGCAGCACUAUUUUACAGUUACAGUUUUUCCGUUUCUGCAGUUUAAAGUGAGCAGCGUGUCAAAACAACGGAUCUGUGCACACCACAACGCUCAGGUUGUUUAUGAUGAUUCUUCAGUGUUACUGUAUAUCUUUAUUUAGAACCAAACGUGCUUCAUUCAAACCCUUUUCAGAGACAUAAAUCACUGUAAGAGCUACAGGUGAUGUGGUUAUUUUUAAUUUAUUGGCAUUAAUGGUUACACAAAGAAUCUUUACCAUCCAUGGAAUCUUUUCAUUUCACAAAAGGUUCUUUAUAGUGGAAAAAGGUUCUUUAGAUUAUUAAAAUGUUCUUCACACUCAGAAAAAAAAAAAAAAGGUUAUUUUAAGAACUGUUCACUGGGGAGCCAAAUUCUGUUCUUCUGUGGCAUUGCCAAAAAAAAAAAAGAAAAAAAAAGAAAAAACCUUUUGGAACCUUCACUUCCUUCCAACCUUGAUUUAUUUCUAAGAAGUACUUCUGCAGCAUUUGUUUGCAGAUGUCACUUGGUUUGAUAUUUUGAGAUAUAUUUAAGUUUAACAGCUCUCUCUUGAUGUCUACCUCUACAAACAAGGGCUGAAGCAAUCACAUAACCUUGGAUUGUAGUGACAGACUCUUAAAACAAACUACAGCAAAAUAAGUUUGUAAGUAAUUAUGUUUAACAAUUCGAGUCUAGACAGGUUCUGUAAAAACUCUGAAUAAAUUUUAUUGGCUAAUUUUUAAAUGUCAAUAAAGUUUUUUAAAGAACUCCCAACUUGGGUACAUGUUCUUCAAAGAGCAUCGGUUAUUAACCUAUGAGCAUAACAAAUUUUAAGGCCAUGAAUUUGAGCUCAUUAACACAAAUGUCAGCAAUGAGCCUUAAAUGUCAGAUUCAGUAAAUCUGUGUGCGCUUGAGCUUGGAGGAAUAAAGCCUGAGGUUUGGUUUGGCCAUUACACAGGAACAGCAGCAAUGCAACAUGGAUGUAAACAUGAAGUAGACUUAUUUACAUAAAACAGUUUUACCAUUGAUUUACUCUGAUGAAUUACCAUUAAGGCUGGGCAAUAUAGGUAAAAAAACACAAAA